UUGCACUCACUGCACGCACUCACUCACAGUCAGUCGCUAGUCGGCGAACGCGAGGGGGCGCACGGAAGUACGUUCUGGCGGACGUUCGGUGCGAUACUGAGGCCGCCGCCGCUGAGGCUGGUGGCUAUAUCGCGGCGCCUGACGUCACGGCCGCGACGUCACCACGAUGACGUCACUAACGGUACCUCCCACAGGCCGCCCGCCUCCUCCUCGCCGCCCGCCCGAACCUGCGCUAACGGCAUCGCUAGUACGGAGCGGAGCUUUCGUUCGCCCGCGUCGCCACCCGCUUCCUUCCACCGAUCCAUUACGUUUUUCAUGGUCAACUGGCACUUUUCAUGUGGGUUAUUCAGUAUAAUAGUGGGCAGACGUAUGCGCGUGCGCAUCUCGUUCUCAUUCGAUGCUAGUUUCCGCAUUGGCGUCGCUAGUCGUCACACCAGGAUAUCUAUAGGACACAGUUAG